AGACAAACUGAAAAAAAGUACUGUAAAAAGUCAUCGUCUUGGGACUUAUAGAAAUACUCAUUCACGCCUUACUGUGCCACAUUUGAUUUUCAGCCCCUGCCAGCCUACAGUCAGAUACAGCCUUGAAACUAGUUGUCUCUGUAUAGAGAUGUCUCUCUGCAAAGUUUGCGAAGAGACGUUGGUGUUGCGUCUUGAUCCAGAAGAGGAUGUAGAUGAUGAGGCUGGCGCUGGCCCCAGCACUUCAGAUUCAUCAGUACCCGAUGAUCUUGAGCUCCCCUGUGGUUGUCAUUUUCACUGGCAAUGCUUGCUUGACCAGUCCUCAGAUGUAGCCCUGUCUCUCAAGUGCCCCAGCUGCACUGCAUACCUUCCGGUCAACGAAGGAGGGCCUUCAGUGACAAACACUUUCCUCUCGACACCCCCAGGAACCGCCAUUCUUACAAGAUAUACGAACGAAGGCGGCAUCCAGGAAAACCUGGAUAUUCUUCCAUCCAUCACCGAAGAAGCAUAUCUCGAGAGUAAUCCCGAGGCACGCCCAGCUCGCGCGCUCCAUGUCAUGUGCGCGGAGGGUGAUGUUGGCGGCGUUGUUGAACUUCUCCGAGAUGCCAGUGACAGUAUUGAAGAUCUCACAGCCUUCGUAACCUACCAGGAUCCCCUGGGAGACAUGAAGAACGGGUUACACCUUGCAAUAGAAAACUCACAGGAGGAAUCACUUUGGCUUUUGCUUUGGCUUUGUUCGACGAUCCCGGAUUCUGCUUUCCCAGAGUAUGCUCGCUCCGUGGCUGAGGCUACAGGGGUUGGUCGCCUGUCAGUGAACAGAGAAAGGGAUAUUCGUGGAUUGCGAGACAACCAAGGUAGGACAGCUGCAGACCUUGCCCAACAGCAGCAGGGACAAUGGGGGCAUAUUCUUCAAACAGGUUUAUUAUCGCUAUAGAGCUGAGCAGCCCCAGUACCUUAUUCAGGUACAGACUGGUACAUAGGACUUCCUGAGAUACCUAGAGUUUGCAGUCUUUAUGGCCUUCGAAGAAAAUGGUAUUGGGUAGACAUUACCUAAGGACCUUCUAUGCUGUGUAUGGUACGAAGUGGAAUUCUUAGAAUAGGUAAAUUAGGCUUUUAAAGACUUUGGAAAGUUCAUACGCUUAAAAUGGCGGUUAUGCAGAUACCCAAAGCAGUUAGUUCAACGCAGGAGCAUGCACUUCGUAUCCACAGCUGGAACGUCAUCUGGCUUUCACAUGGAACGUGUGG